GGGGCGUUUCCGUGCGUCUCCGCCUGCAGGUCUGUGUAUGUGUGAAAAUCAGGAAGAGCCAGCGGGGAGUGUGUGUUGCCAUCGCGUCUCCGCCUGCAGCUCGGCUUCGCCGUCCGCAUCAUCUCCAUCCAUUAUUGAAGAAACAGCCGCGUCCGCUCCAAUCACAUCAACACCCCCGCCCCCUCUCCGUUCCGCUCGCCCCGCGGCCCCUCUGGGUGCUGAGGAGAGGGGAAGCCAAGGCGCGGUGGGGGCGCCGGGUGGGAAUGGGCUUAUGACCCUUGCCCCAAGCCCGGCCAGGAGCCGGGACGCCGGGGUCCCCGGCGGAGAGCGCUUUGCAUAAACAGAUGGCGCGGGCGUCUUUGUCUCACUCGUUCGCUCACCGCGCAGCUCCCGGCUCCGCUUCUGUCUGGCUGAUGCAAUCAUGAUCAUCUCGGUGCCUCGGGACUCGGCGCCCUUAAUAAUGGCAGAGGGGGUCAGGGGCCCCGGGGCUCCCGAGCAGAUGCUGGGCCCUGUGUCUUCCUUUCCGGGCGCCCCUCCAUGUCCCACAGCCGCAGCGGGAAGAUCAACGCUGCGCGGAGUUGACGGGCAUGUGUAGGUGACCAGGAGGAGGACCCCGGGCAGUGCCCCGAGGCGUCUCCGGGCUGCCCUGUUGGGCUGCUGCAGUCCCCAGAGGCAGCAACCCAGAGAAUAGGAAUAGAGCUGGGGAGUGGGGUUGGGGAGAGACAGAGAUAAAGACAGAGACAAAGAGAGGCAUUAGUAAAGAGAGACAGUGAGAUGGAGAGAUGUGGAGGGAGGGAGCGAGACACAAAGAGACACAGAAAAACCGAUGCAGAGGGACAAAGCCAGGUAAGGAAGGCAGCAAGAGGGAGAGCAGACAGACACAGCCAGAACAGGGAAGAGAGAGAUGGACAUACCCAGAGACAGGAAGCAGACAGAAGGCAGAAAGAACAAGAGGCAGAAACAAGGGCAGCCAGAGGCUAGGACAGGCCGGGUCAGAGGGCUUAGGGCAAUCUCGAAUCUGCAGCCGAGAAGCAGAGAUGACGCCCCCGCCUGCCCGGCCCCCAGGCAUCUGAGGAUGCCCAUCCCCAGAAGAGGAACCCGCCUGAACCCUGGGUGCCAAUUGUGGCUGGAGAGAUAGGAGCUUCCGCGUCCCCUCUCCGCCCUCCGGUCCCAUCUCACACCAGAAGAGUGGAGGCUGCGGGACCCACUGUCUUGGCGGCGGGAGUGGCGGAGUGACGGGCUGGGCGUGGACGGACACUCCAGGCACCAACUUAGCGGCCCGAACGCCGGGAGUGCAGGGUCGGCACUGCCCGACAGGGGGUGCCCAAGGCCUCUUCCCCGAGCUUGGGGGCCGCUCGGCCUCCAGGGGGCGCCCGAGCCCACGGCCCCUGCAACACGCUCGAUCCGCCCUCUGUGCCCCGGCGCGCGGAUUGGGAUCCUGGUGCGGGUUAGCGCUUGGAGUCCAGUCCCAGCGGGAUCCCGGGCCGCGCCUAAUCUGCGGCUAAUGACUCCUGCGGUCCCUCACCCCGCUGGGCCAGCGUGGCCUGAGUCCUCGUGGUGGGAAAGUGUGGAGAGCGAGGAGAGAUGGGAUCCGGAACCCAAGGAGUCCUGUAUUCCAGAUCGGCCCCAUGGGCCACGAGCCAGAGACGGGAACCAAAGAUGGAAGGGGGCUUAGAAAUAAAUUCACAGAGACAGGGACCAGAAGCAGGAGAAGGGUCAGAGAGUGGUGGAGAGGCGGAGCGGAGGCAAUAAUGUAACGUUGCAUCUCGGUGAGCGGGGCGGAGGCCCAAGGCCGGAGGGACAGCGGCGGCUCUGGAAAAGGAGCGCGACGGAGAAUUUGGGACCUGGCCGGGGUCACCGGAACUCAGAACAAAGGGCACAAGGAAGCAGGCGAGGGCCCCUGAGCAAAGGCGCAAGGACCAGGCGCCCCUUCCGGCGUCCUGGCUCCCCAGCUGUGCCACAGAGAACCAGAUGUGCAGCCCAGUUGUGCGGCCGCUCGAGUUUGAACUCUGGGAUUGUUUUUUGGUCCCAGAGACUGGAGGGCUGGGGUGCGCGGGUGACAGGACACGCCCUCCCUUCCUGGGCCCUGGAGGCGCGGGCUCUCGGGAGGGCUGGGCUGCUGGAGGCUCUGACAGCCCGUCAGCCCCGCUCCCCCGCCCCCCACACACAUCGCAGCGAGUCUCUGUCUCUUUGUUCUCGCCGUGUCUCUGACACUUUAUCUCAUUAUCCGCCGGAGGGAGGCGGAGAGCCCGGGACCCCGCAGCCUAAUUACAGCCGCGCUUGUCAGAGUAGGGGGCGGCGGAAGUAUCAGCGCGAAGGAAAGGGAGGGGGACCCUAGAAAGCGCCCUCUCCCUCCCUGUACCCCGACGAUCCCAGCGACGGGUGCAUAGCUCGCUCCCGCCCGCGCCCUCCACAGGGCGGGCUCUGGAGGGGGAGGUGCUCUGCAGGAUCGGCUGCCAGGAGGGAGGGGGUGGUGGAGGUUAUCGUGGGAGUGGGGAGAGAUAUUAGGACUCCGUUCCUACUUCCCUAAGACCCAAAUUCCCCAGAGACGGGGGCUGUGAGCCUCCCCACCCCAGCAGCAUAGCACACACCUGAGAUGGUUGAGGACACGACGGAAUCGCUUGCAUUUCUGUGUCUGUGUCUUGUUCUCUUUCAGCAUCUGUCCGAUCUUUCCUGUUUCCCCCACUCCAUUCCCUUCCUAUCCACCCCACAGCCACAGGAAGGGGAUGGCCUCCUUGGGCGGCCCCACCUUUACCCUACCCCAGGUAGGCAGAGCAAGCAAGUCUCUCAAGCCCCACUGCCAUGACUGUGGUAGAAUAAAUAAACUGGCGUAUUCUAUCCUGAUCCUGAGCCAUGAUUAACAUACACCUGGUUCUUCCAGCCUCCAACCGCGAUUCCAGUCCAACCACAACCUGAAGAAACCACUCAGAACAAGAGGGGCUGGGGGAGCUUUACGGUGUGGGCCUGUCUUCCUCCUUCCCCCACUACACUGUGGAGGGGACAGAACCAGGGUUCUCAGGACCCGCUCCUGGACAGCUCUAAGGGUGUCAGGGAAGUGCUGCACAUGCCCUCACCGGCCCUAGCCCCUCCUGGUCCCACCUGUGAACACUCCACACAUGCAUUUUGCUAAGUGCCUGUCCCAUGGCCAUGCCUCCUCCCACAUCUUAUGGGGUCCUAUGCCACUGAGGUCCUUCCCUCAGAUGCCAAAAGCCCCAAGAAUGAUGGUGUCCCUUGGUCCAGGUGCAGACAUCUGGAGGAGAGAGUCGGAGAGCAGAAACCACUUGGCUCCCAGACAAUUCCCCUACAGGCUUUGGGCCUGGAAUUGAGGAGAAAGUGAGCUAAGUAGGGGUGGGGUGAGUCCAAAGAAGCACGGGCUGGGCCAAGCUAAGCUGCUCUGGGCUGGGCUGAUCCCUCCCCACUCAGGGGCGGGACCCCAGGAGGAGGGAGAGGACAGAGCCACUGCAGAGGACCAGACUGGAAAAACAACGCUAUGGCAGGAGCCAGUCUUGGGGCCCGCUUCUACCGGCAGAUCAAAAGACAUCCGGGGAUCAUCCCGAUGAUCGGCUUAAUCUGCCUGGGCAUGGGCAGCGCUGCGCUCUACUUGCUGCGACUCGCCCUUCGCAGCCCCGACGUCUGCCCACCUGGCCGCUCACUCCUCAGCUUGGCCCGCCCUGAAAUGCGGAACCCGCGCCUCUCCCGGCCUGGUUGCCAUGACGACGACGCUCAGCCAGCGGCGGGCUCGGGCUUUUGGGUACCUCUAAGUCCUCACCAGAGUACUGGGGUUGUGGCCGGCUGGGACAGAAAGAACAACCCGGAGCCCUGGAACCGCCUGAGCCCCAAUGACCAAUACAAGUUCCUUGCAGUUUCCACUGACUAUAAGAAGCUGAAGAAGGACCGGCCAGACUUCUAAGCCAGGCUGGGCUGCCAGUGCCAUGCAAGCCACAGCCAGCCAGCCCAUCCACUUCUUCCACUCCUCCCCGCAGGCCCCAAGGCAUCACUCCGGCCACCCUGUCCCGCUACUGCUUACACAGGCCGGGUUCCCACGCAGAGGGGAGGCUGCUCCACCCCUACUCUCCUCCCUUGCUCCCAGCAGCGGAAGCGCCUCUGACCCUUGGCUUGAGUCCCACGUGGGGGAGGAGGAGGCAGGCAGCACCAGCAGGGGUCCACCAAGAGCCCAGACCAGCCCCUCUGCCCUCCUACCCGGGCCUCGAAGGGUGUGGCACAGGCUACGUGUUGAGCGUGGCCUACGUGAGCCAACAAGAAGCAGGGGCCUCUGAGUGCCAAGCGACGUGGCGGGCUCCACGUUAGCCCAGGCUCUGGGAGCCAGCCCAGGGGCGGCGCUGCUCAGCUUGGGCUGGUCCAGGGCCUGCCCAGGCUGGGGCACCUUUGCCUCCCGAGGCGCAGCGCACUCCUCCCCUGCCCAAGCCUACUGCCUCCGGCUGCCGCCAGUACCCCCUCCAGCCCCACACCUGGGCCUCCCCCUGCCGCUCCCCUCCCUUGCUCCCCUCUGUCCCCAGGGAUCAAACAGAAGCAGCCGUGGGCAAAAUACAAUUUCAUUUAACAAA